AUGCCGCCGGUGAGUCUAGAAAUGUUGGAAGCAGACUACCAAGGUUUCCACUCGCCGAGGAAGUUGUGGAUGCAUACUGUGGAAGCUGCCAUGAUGGCGGUUGUGAAAGCUGAGGGACACAUCCUUGAGGGUGUGACAGUCAACGAUGCUGAAUACCAUGGUUUGAUUCUGGAACUAAAGCUCGCUAGGAAGUAUGACGUCAAGGAACUUGUGGCAGUCGGUGAUUCUCGAAUCGUCGUUCAGCAGGCUCAGGGUCUGAUCAAUUGCAACCAGCCCAACCUGCACCGACGCUUAGCCGAGUAUGAAGAUCUCAGAAAGAAUUUUGUGUCGGUUAAGUUGAUUCAUGUCAAACGUGAGUUCAACCAAGCGGCUGACUACCUAACUUCUAAGACUCUCGUGCUUGGAGAAUCCUGGGAGCUUGACAACCUUGACGAGAUAGUGCAUCUACGUCUCGUAUCUAGAAUUCCUGAAAAGAUCAUGAAGCCUUCGGAAUUUCCAAGUACCCCUGUAACUGAUGCAGUUCGUUCGGAUCAAGUCAAACCCGAAGUGGAUAGUCCUGAUACCGAUACCGGGAUACCAGGGUCCUUAGCUACUGCUGCGGAAGCAAUGAUGGUGAUGACGAGGUCGCGAACAGAAGCAGGCGUAGGUUCUCGGACUCCUGUAGACCAGUCCGGAUACCAGGAUGAACGUUGGAGGAGAAUUAAGGCUCACCAAGAUGAAGACAGGCUGAGCACACCCACUCCUGAGAGGCCCCGCAACAAGCAGUCAGAGCUCAGGUUGGUAGUCCCAGAGACUUUACGUGCCGACAUGUUGCAUUACUCGCACGAGGACUUCCAAGGCGGACACCAAGGAAUCAACAGGACAUUUGAACGAUUACGCUCGGAGUUCUACUGGAUCGGGAUGUAUGCUGAUGUACAGAAGUUCGUGAGAGAAUGCGUAGACUGCGCAUCAGCCAAGGGGCGACCACCGGCUCUCGGUCCGUCACCUGGCAAUAUCGAACCGAGAUAUCCGUUUGAGGUGGUCUCUAUGGAUUUUGUCACUGAGCUACCUGAGUCCGAUCGUGGAAAUACGUACUUGUUGCUGUUCCAAGAUCUAUUCUCAGGAUAUAUCAUGUGUAAGGCCAUGCGGAACACCGAAGCCCAAGAUGUGAAGCCCAAGAUGUUGCCGGGGCAUACGAAGAGUGUGUAUUCAGAAGAUUUGGAGCGAGUUCAAUGA